AAUAAAUGGAACAGAGAUCUAACUCAACAUCUAAGGGCGAAGCUCCCCUUGCUUGUCAAGACUUGCUAAUACUCAUUGCUGUUUCAAUACUCUAUUCAAUAGGAAAAGAUGAAGAAUGAGGAAUAGAAGCCAAAAAGUUGGUUCUUAUUUAUCUCAUUAUAAAAGCAUGAUUUAUUUUUCUGAGAUGCUGUCAAUGAUUCGUUAUAUUUUUCCUUGGUAAGUUCGGAAUAAUCUCCCACUUGAUCUGGACGGUGACAUGGAUUACAGGAAUCAUUGUAUUCUACAUCAUUGUUUUAACAAACUUCUUUUCUUCGGACAAUGAUUGAAAAGAAAAUGCGAUAAAUAUAUGGGUAGCCUUGCUCAUAAUUACAAUUGAAGGCAUUGCAGUUUUGAGUAUAGUAGCCAUUCUGAUUUUGAUAUUGUCGUGCAUUCUCCCAAUUUUCAUUUACAACUCAAUGAAGAGAUAAAAGCAAAUAAGGCACUUGGAUUUU